ACUCUCUCCUCACACACACCCUGGAAAGUUGAGCAGUCGCACACACCGAUCUGUAACCAUGAUGCUGAGGAUGAUGGGAGUUCUGCUGUGUGCUGCGCUGGUCGCCUGCGUCAACGUCGUGCCCCAGAAAGACUUCAACCUGGAGAAGAUGGCUGGUAGGUGGUGGAUUGUGGGCUUUGCCACCAACGCCCAUUGGUUUGUGAACCAUAAGGCUGACAUGAAGAUGGGCACUUCCGUGAUGCUGCCCACCGCCGGAGGAGACCUUGACCUCACCUACACCAACCUGAACGCUGAUGGUACUUGCUGGAGGAUGACACAUCUAGCCAAGAAGACUGACAUCCCAGGCCGCUUCACCUUCACCAGCCAGCGUUGGAACAAUGAAAAUGACAUGCGUGUGGUGGCUGUCCAGUAUGAUGACUUUGCUCUGAUCCACACCAUCAAGACCAAAGACGGAGUACCUGAGGUGCUCAACAAGCUCUACAGUCGCACUCCAGAGGUGAGCACAGCACUGCAGCAGAAGUUCAUGCAGUUCUCUCUGGAUACAGGAAUCAUCUCCGACAACAUCGCUAUCCUGCCCAAGAAUGGUGAAUGUACCGAGGCAUAAAGUGUUUCUUCACUGAACCCCCCCCCCCUCUCCUUCAUCCCUCGUCGAAUCCUCUUCCACGGUUCCACCUCUCCUUUUUCUCCCCAUUUCACAUCCAAACUCUUCUCCUGGGAGAAGACUGUGAAACAAGAAACCCCACCCCCUCGAUGCACCACUCUUCAUCCCUUUUCUACAUGUUUUUUACUGCUGAUAUCUGUUGUUUUGAUUUUCUUGUGCUGAAAUAAAGAAUGUGUAACAACUCAA